AUGUACUUGUAUUCUGAGAUUGUCAAAUCAAGGGAACCUUAUAUCACCAACUUUGCUAUUUGUUUGAGUGAAGAAGAAGAUGACAAUUCGUCCAGAUAUCUUUUAAAAUUGCCUUAUAUUCCAAAAAAUAUCAAAGAAAUGCUUCUCUGUCGUUACUGGCUAACAAAACUUUUAUUAAAUUGGCCUUUCCAAAGAGUUAAUUUUGACAAUAUUAUCUUCAAUCCAAUAAUGCUUAUGUUGCUAUUCGAGAACAAAAAUCCGCUAAUUUUUAGUAGACUUCGAGUACGCUUUGAAGAAGAUCUUUUUCGAGUUGUUCUUCAACAAUAUUCCAUCUUUCUGAAAAAAUCUAAAAUGGAGGAUGGUUGGCAAAAACAUGUGGAUUUAUGGCCCUAUGCUCGAUUGGCUGAUUGUAUUAAGGUGUAUAAGGAAUCACUGCUAGAUUAUGGUAGUGGCUGGGUUGUAGGUCUUUCUGUAUACCCAAUUUCUUAUAUGAAGGUAAUGGGCUUUUAA